UGUCCCGCGAGGCGGCAUAACGUGCGCUGCUUUUUCAUUCAUUUUCUCCCUUUAUUGUACUCACUUAAGUUUUCCUCCUUUGAUACGUACGUUUUUCGUCACCAAGAAUUCCAGAUAGAAACUAAUUGCUAUUUUUCAAAAUUCCAAAAAAGAUGAGAAAGAUAGAUUUUGUAAAUGUUGUAAAUGGUCAAUGAUUUGAAAGCAAAGCAACACUUGCCUCCUUGUGGGAUCCCUCGCUAGCCAGGAAUUGGUCCGAAUCGGAGUUGGCGAUAAGAAUCAGGAAGAGCCACCCCCGAAGUCUGACCAGCGGAUGUAACUCCUUUUAUACCGCGCGCGAGCCUACGAAAGUCCUUGCUCCCGACUGGGUUUGAACCUGGGACACCGAGAUUUCGCGAGACCACCCACUCCACCCGCAUGUUCUCCCCAACUCAUUGUUAACUCCUUCGAGUUUUCUUUGAUAUUGUUAUUCAUCCGUUGAUUAUUUUCCUCGUCUGUUCGCUUUUCCGGUCUUAUCGUGACGUUGUGCUAAUGUUUGUAAAGAGAGCGCGCGCGCGUCUGACAUGCGUACAUACAAUUAAGAUGUCAUUGCAUGCCGCUAUAUCUUUUGCGUUAUUCCGUCGGUAAACGGUUGUUUUGCUGUGUGAGGUUAUGAGCUGUGACUGUGACUCUCCUGGCGUUUUACUACGGCGAAAAGGGCCGACCACGCUCCCCCAUUAUAUACAUGCUUGGCUGGCUGCUGACUAAUAGCACAUCAAAAGUACAAAGUGUUUGACCUUAUAAACUAAUUGGCCUGCAAGGUGGCGGGUGGACCGGGCGCCCCAAAGGUCAUACUACAAACAUCCAAGCCGGACUACAUCCCUUUUGAAGGACACACUCAUCUAAGCGCGGUGAUACUUAAUUGGUGACUAUCAGGGUGCAACGCUCUCACUGAAUCCUCCGUGCCCUACUCCCCCAGUUGGUCUACCCUAUCGCGUCCUUUGAUCAGCUGACAACCGCAAAGUGCGUAUCCCAGAGUGGAAUUCAGAUACUUUCGGAACUCGGAUGCAAUUAGUGGCCAGUAAUGAGAGUGAGCCGACUCAGUGUUUGCUGGAAUCCACAAAAGCCAGUAAAAAUCGAAAGAGGUACAGCAGCCGCGCAAUUGAAGCGUGCAUGCAUGCCUGUACUUAACGUGCCUACAGUGUGGAGUACCAGGCGGUAAUUAAGAGGAAAUACCGACUCACAUUAUACGACUUUACGACACAAUCCGCGUAUAUUCAAGAAAGCGCCACCUGUUUGAGGCAGCGACCGCGAUGUACGCUAGUUAUAAACUCAGCCUUUAAAACGCCGUAAAAGCAACGCAGUCAAAGGUACAAAAGAGCUAAGAAAAAAGUACGUAAACAAACUCCAACGAAGGCCUUCAUGUUCAAGUGUGAAAAGUUAAUUAAUUGCUGUUUAAUAUUAAAUAUGAAUUAACCAACCAAGUUAUAUUAAAAUGAGUUACGCCGUGCAGUUGAGGCAUUACCACAACAUUGAAAUUCGCUCGUUAAUUUGACCAUUAUUAAUUUAAACUUACAACAUACGCACUCCAUCCUCGGCCAUUAUAAAGUACACGAAAUAUCUAAUGAAAUUGACCAAGAAUCUUUUGUGAUAGUAGUGGCGCUUUCUCACGACCUGGAGGAAAGUUACGGACAAACAAAUUCUUGGGGCUCCUUCGUAAUAUUUGUGCUCGUGUCAAUGCUAUUGGUUCUCUCCCAUAUCCAGAAUGUGUGUGAAUUACGUGUGAAUCCGAGAAGUGUGCUACUAUCUAAUUUGGUGAAAAACCACGCUGUGUUACUUCAACGUGUUUUAAUAUUUAAUGGUUUACAUGAAUGGACUUGGAUCUGACCCUCUGCCAGCUAAGGAGGCAGAGGGCCCUCCUGUUCAAGUGGAACCAGUUGAUCUCAGCUUACGAUCACCAAGAGGAUCGUCUCAUAAAACAUCAACAGCGACACAUUCAUCUUCGAUAUCAUCCACGUCCACAUCAUCAUCGAUGGCCAGUAUAGUGGCGUCUAGCUUAACGAAACGUCCAAUACCUCCCCUAUUAGCAGCACCCCCGUACCUCUUCACCUAUCGCCGAUUCAAGGACGAGGCUAAUAACAACAACACUAGCUACACUAACAACAAUAGUUUAAAUUACAAUAACAACAAUGCAUCCACAUCGAUAUUUAGCAGCUACGAUAAGAAAUUGAAUCUACUGAAUUUAUUUAAGAACCCGUACAAAUACAAUAACAACAACAACAACGAUAGACCACCGAUACUAGGUACACGUUCACUACCGUCCGCCUGCCCCUCACCUUUAGCCAGUCCGGCCGCAUCUCUGGGAGCGAUUAGCAACAAUAGCAACAGUAACAGUAGCAACAAUAGUACAACUGCCUUGAGCAUAUUCCACUCGCAUCAUCAGCAUCCUUUCUCUGCCUUCAGUAGUUCCAGACUGUCACCUGCAAUUUCGCCACUAUCGUCCUGGAAGGUGAUGGCAUCACAAUCGUUUUCCGGUAUGAACAAUAGCAGUAGUAGCAGUCACAACAGCAGCAAUAAUGGUGGCAGUAGCAGUCGGAGUUUAGGAGUUAGUGGUGCAUAUCGAGAUGGUGCCGAUGGCAGUAGUUUCAGUGAUCUCUCAAAGAAUCGCAAGGUUCACAAAUGUGAUGCUGAUGGUUGUGACAAGGUCUAUACGAAGAGUUCACAUUUGAAGGCUCACAAAAGAACUCACACAGGCGAAAAACCUUACGUUUGUACCUGGGAAGGAUGUGUAUGGCGUUUUGCACGCUCCGACGAACUGACACGACACUUUCGAAAACACACAGGAGUCAAGCCGUUUCGAUGUAAACUAUGUACCCGAUCUUUCAGUCGUUCGGACCAUCUAUCGCUACAUAUGCGACGACACUAACGAAGGAGGCUAGGAGGAGCUAGAAAAUGCUUAGGCUAAGUUUUUGAUUAUCUAAAGUACAUUACAAAACUCGAUGCCUGAACAAACAAAUACUGCAAAUUGAUAUAAAUAUACGUUGAGUAUUAAAAAAGGAGGGGUUGUUCCAAAGAGGGUAGUCUCAGCUUGAUUCUCCGCCUAUAUUCUGUUUUAUAGGAGCAUUGUUUCUUACUCAAGUUGGGACUACUAUCUUUGAGGCGCUCUUUUUAGUUCGUUAGAUAUCUCGAAUUGGAAAAAUACUAAGGAAUUGUCUUUGCCUAUAGUUGUAAGUAUUUAUUCUAGGAUUUCUUUUUAAUUAUAAUAGAUAUUAAUGAGAAUAUAGUAGUGCAACAUUCUGUUUACGAGAAGGAGCUUCAAUGCCAGUACACUAUAGCCAGUUAUUGUUUUACUUUAUAUUUUAUAUUUAUAAUAUACAAAACGAUUUUUUAUGUUGUACUUUGUUAUGCGAUUACGAAUUGCAAUACUAUAGUUUUACAGUUUUAGUAAUUUAUUCUGUAGAUAAUUCCGUUUUUUUUUGUACUCAUGAAUUACUUUUUAGAGUAUUACUUUAUGUGUAAGGGUCUAGUUAGGAUUGUGUUUAAAAGAGGACGUAGUUUUACGAAAUUUUUCACUAUUUUCCAUCUCUCGAGAGCUGUCAACGGGACGGCGAAAUCCCUUUGCAUUCCAAUCUUCACAAGUGCAUUCCACACUAUUCUUUAGAUAUACUAUUUCGCAGACCUUUUUAAGAAUUUCGUUUGAGCAAAGUAUCUUUUUCGGUGGUACUUCGCACCUUCCUUAACAAGGCUUCAACUUUUACUAUCUUAGAUCGAAUUAUCUCUAUUAGAAAACAUGCUCAACCGAAAUGACUUUCGUGUAUCUUAACACCGUCUUGAUCAGUAUUCAGUCUCAAACCUUUCUCAAUAGUUACAUAAUCAAUUUUAGAAAUUAAAAUGUAUAAGAGUUGUGAAAACAGGAAAUCACAUGGCAUUAUAAAAGACCAAUUUAAGGGAAGUAUAUCACUCCCCAGGUGACAUACUUCUGAAACUGAAAAUCCCAUUUUGUGUAAUUUAUUUAAAAGAUAGAUGUAUCUACAACUAGUUUUAGCAAAUGCAGGAAGGAAACAAUCCAGUAGUUUCGAAUGUCCUAAACUUAAACUAAACUUCUGAAGACCAGUAUCGUAUCAAAUAUGAAGGCAAUUGGGUCAGUGCUAUUUUAACAGAAUAAUUUUAAUUUUUCGUAGUAUUACUUUAUUUUUGAUGCUUUCGAUUAUUUAUGUAUAGAUUCCUCUCUACGGUAUAUUCAUAGACAAUUUAUUUAUAUUUAUCGUUAAAUGACUUCUUUGUACAGAAAGCUGAAAUGACAAAACAAAAAACAAAAAAAAAACAAUAGAGAAGUGAAUGUAUCUACUUUGAAAAUAAAUCUUAAAACUUGUUAUAUAAAUCACUACAAUUAUUUAAAAAAAAAAAGAAAACU